GGAGGAGGACAGCCUGGAAGGGAGGAGGACGGAGAGCCUGGAAGGGAGGAGGACGGAGAGCCUGGAAGGGAGGAGGACGGAGAGCCUGGAAGGGAGGGGGAGAGGCCUGCCCUACGAAUCCGCAGCCAUUUCAUGUUUGAGUUUAUCAGGCUGCUCCGAGCAACGUAACAGAGAACUCCCCUUAUACUGGGCACCCGCAUCUGGUACCCGGUGCGGCCCGGGACAUUGCCCACUGCGGACAUGAUGCCGAUGAUUUUAACAGUGUUUCUAAGCAACAAUGAACAAAUAUUGACAGAGGUCCCAAUCACACCUGAAACAACAUGCCGUGAUGUAGUGGAGUUUUGUAAGGAGCCGGGAGAGGGGGCGUGUCAUCUUGCAGAAGUGUGGCGUGGGAACGAACGCCCUUUACCGUUUGAUCACCUGAUGUUUGAGCAUCUGCAGAAGUGGGGACCUCGCAGAGAGGAAGUGAAAUUCUUCCUGCGCCAUGAGGAGUUUCCAGCUGAAACCAAUGAACAGACUGCGCGCCACGCCCCAAAUCAAAGAAAUGGUGUUACUGGAGAGAAACGACUAGAAAAUGGGGUUGGAAAUCCACGUGUUGAACUUACACUUUCAGAACUUCAAGACAUGGCUUCCCGUCAACAGCAUCAGAUAGAGAACCAGCAACAGAUGCUGGUUGCAAAGGAGCAGCGUUUACGUUAUUUGAAGCAACAGGAACGACGUCAGCUGCAAACGGUUUCUGAGACUGAAAAGCUUCAAAAACUGAAAGAGCGCGUGGAAACCCAAGAAAGCAAGCUCAAGAAAAUCCGAGCAAUGAGAGGACAAGCGGACUACAGCAAAGUUAUGAAUGGAAACCUGUCUACUGAAAUUGAGCACAUCACGGACAUGUUUCAAGAAAAACAGCAGGAGCUGCAGGCAGCGGUGUUGAAGGUGGAGCAGCUCACUCAGCAGCUGGAAGACUUGCGCAAGGGGAAGUUAAACGGGUUCCAAUCUUACAAUGGACAAAUGACUGGACCUGCGGCACUGGAACUGAAAAAACUCUAUCAAGAACUACAGAUCCGGAAUCGACUUAACCAGGAACAAAAUACAAAGCUUCAUCACCAGAAGGAACUCUUAAACAAGCGUAACACGGAGGUGGCUAUCAUGGACAAGCGAAUCAACGAGCUGCGCGAACGUCUGUACAAGAAAAAAGUUGAGGCACGUCAAAAAGAAAACAUUCCUUUAAAUCGAAUCAAUGGUACCCCUUCGCCACAAUCCACUUUAUCUGCGUCUGGACGAGUGGCAGCCGUAGGGCCGUACAUACAGGUUCCUAGUUCUGUAAAUUAUACUUUGCCCCCGGAUCCAGUGAAACCGCAGUCUCUCUCGCUUGCUGCCACUGCGACACAUGGAAGGUCUAAAUCUGUAGAGGCAGACAGUGGGGGGCUGAAAAAAUCUCCAGGUCCCUGGAAGAUUUCAGAUUUAGACAUCAUAGUGGAUCCUAUGCUGUCAUCUGUCACUUCCUGUCUUCAGUCUUCUGAUCACAGUGUCAUCCACCAGGCACCUGCUGUCUCUCUGCACCCGAAUGAUGCUAGCUGGCCAACGCUCAAGCAAAAUACCGCGGGAAAGCCGUCUCCACACAGCACUUCAGACUGGAAGGAAUCUACUGUAGAUGGAACAUUCAAAACUGGAACUAUAUCCAACCAGCCCCUUCCUACUGCUGCGAUUGGGCCCACUGAUAAAUUGGCUCCUGAUGUUGGUAAACUCCCUCCACAGAUGCCUGGAGUGAGCAAAACUUUGUCCCAUACCUAUGGCAUGUAUCCAAAUGCUCUUCCUUUGAGUGCAACAAAUUCUCUGGAGAGGAGGAAGGAUGGAAGCCUACCACGACCAGGGUCUGGGCCCACAACUCGUCCCCGACCUCUGCCCCUACCUUCAUCAAGCAACGUCCACCCUCCAGGCUCCUCGCAACAGAUCCAGCAAAGAAUUUCUGUACCCCCCAGUCCUACAUACCAACCCUCUUCAUCGCCCUUGUUCCCUACAGCAGAUGCUCGGCCUGAUCCUCCUCUCACUGUGGCCAUUCGACCUUUCAUAGCUGAAAAAGGUUCAAGACCUCAGUCUCCUAGGAAAGGUCCACAGACUGUUAAUUCCAGUUCCAUUUAUUCUAUGUACCUUCAGCAAUCUACGCCACCAAAGAAUUACCAGCAAGCAGUAUACAAUACCCUAAAUAAAUCUGUGAAAGCAGUGUAUGGAAAACCUGUUGUCCAACCUGGAUCCUCCAAUUCCUCACCGUUACCUUUCCUUCAUGGAUCGGGUCCACCCAACUCAUCACAAACUCAUGUUGAUGGCACAGAAAAGGAACAAGACUUAGAAUCCAUUCCACCUUCAACUGAAAAUAGUAACGUGGAAAACAUUCCCCGACCCCUUAGUCCCACCAAAUUGACUCCAAUAGUUCACUCACCCCUACGUUAUCAAAGUGAUGCGGACCUUGAAGCACUUAGGAGAAAGUUGGCCAAUGCUCCUCGACCAUUAAAAAAACGGAGCUCUAUAACAGAACCUGAGGGCCCCAGUGGACCAAACAUACAAAAAUUGCUCUAUCAGCGCUUUAAUACUCUUGCUGGUGGAAUAGAGGCAACCCCCUUUUAUCAACAAGGUAAUUCACAAGACUUUGGAGGCAUGUUGGCAGAUGUUGACAAUGGGAACACCAACACUAAUGGCAAUAUGGAGGAUUCUGUUCCUAUGCAACCACCAAUGGUCUCACAUUCUCCUGAACCACCGAUUCCAUCAGAUGAUAACGAUAAUAAGUUACCAUCUCCAAUCACAGAGGAAAUUAUUAGUAGUGAAUUUAACGAGAUCUCAGAAACAACUGAGGACAAUAAUAAUAACCCAGCCUCCCUCCCUUCCAAUGAAAAGACUCCAAGCCCCAUACUUGAAGUUGCAUCUCCAGUCAAGGAGGAGCAUCCUUCUCCAUCACCACAACCACCCGUUGUCCCUGUCCCUGUACCCAAUCAGGUGAAACGCACAAACCUAAAGAAGCCCAAUUCAGAGAGGACCGGCCAUGGGCUAAGAGUAAAAUUCAAUCCAUUGGCGCUUCUUCUUGACGCAUCAUUAGAAGGAGAAUUUGACCUGGUACAAAGAAUUAUAUAUGAGGUUGAAGAUCCCAGCAAACCAAAUGACGAGGGCAUCACACCUCUUCACAACGCUGUGUGUGCAGGACACCAUCAUAUCGUUAAGUUUUUGCUUGAUUUUGGGGUCAAUGUAAAUGCAGCUGACAGUGAUGGAUGGACUCCUCUGCACUGCGCAGCUUCGUGCAAUAGCGUCCACCUCUGUAAAAUGCUGGUUGAAUGCGGAGCAGCACUUUUUGCCACCACAAUAAGUGACAUUGAGACAGCAGCCGAUAAGUGUGAAGAGAUGGAAGAAGGAUACAUUCAGUGCUCGCAAUUCCUAUACGGUGUUCAGGAGAAGCUCGGCGUCAUGAACAAAGGUUUGGUGUACGGAUUAUGGCAUUACGAGGCACAGAACGCAGAUGAGUUGUCAUUCCAUGAAGGAGAUGCAAUUACAAUCCUAAGGCGCAAGGAUGAUGUGGAAACAGAUUGGUGGUGGGCGCGUCUCAACGAUAAGGAAGGAUAUGUGCCUAAGAACCUGCUUGGGCUUUACCCAAGGAUAAAACCAAGACAAAGAACUCUGGCCUAAAGAGUAAGGCACAUUGGUAGUACCCUGUACAAGCAAUCUACAGAGAUCAAUCAAUAAGAAAACAUUUCAUCUGGAUUUGCAGCUGUAUCUUCUGUGCUUCUUCACACAAAAACCUAAAUCUAUGUACACAACGUAUUCUACCCCUUAAAUAAACUCAUUUCCAUUUACUGUGGUAUAAACCAAAUGUUCUCAGAGCCAAACUAAAUAUAUAACAUUUCUUGAGACUGUUCAUAAAAAACCAUUCACCUAAGGUGUAGAUAUGCUAUGUUAUGUUGUAUUCUGGUACCACACUAAUCGCAGUUCAGUUCCUUCACACGUUGUUUAACAAAGAUCUUUCUGCUUCUGCCAGUACAGUUUUAGUGGCAGUGGCAGUGGUUACAGUAGGAGCUGUUUCCUGUAGAUACUCCUCUUAGGCACUGAACAGCAGCCUUUUUCUGUUGUAUUUUGCUUGCCCUAACAUUGUGUUUUGAUUAGUGAAUUUAUAGAAGAGAGGGGUCCCUUUAAUUGCCAGUUGAAAGUGUAUACAGCUGUGCAGUCGGCACUAAAUUAUUUUACGAAGACACAGUAUAUUGAGGACUUUGUAUGUCUGCAUGAAUGAAAGUGUAUACAGCUUUGCAGUCGGCACUAAAUUAUUUUACGAAGACACAGUAUAUUGAGGACUUUGUAUGUCUGCACGAAUGAAAGUGGCAUAUUUAAGAAAGUAGCAAGGAUGAAAGCAAAAGAAUGUUAGGUAGCAUUGUG